UUUCAAUCGCAUUUCUCACAUUCUUCUCACCUUUGAUCCUCUUCUCCCUAAACCUCCGACGUCGCCGUGUCGUCGGAGCCCUCCAUCUUCCUCUUAUGUGCUGAUUUGAGGGCUUUUAGGGCUCCGAUUGGUUGCUGGGAAGAAGAAGAACAUUCCCUAGCGCCAAAGAGUUUAUCUUGACGUUGGACUUGAGCUAGAAAGGACAUAAACUAUGGUUUUGUGGGUUUUUGGGUAUGGAUCGCUGGUUUGGAAUCCUGGUUUCAAUUUCGAUGAUAAAGUUAUAGGGUUCAUCAAGGACUACAGACGUGUGUUUGAUCUUGCUUGCAUAGACCAUAGAGGUACCCCAGAACAUCCAGCAAGAACUUGCACGUUGGAGUCUAAGAAAGGCACAAUUUGCUGGGGUGUUGCAUAUUGUGUCAAAGGAGGCAUUGAGAAAGAAAGAGAAGCAAUGCGGUAUCUAGAGAGAAGGGAGUGUGAGUAUGACAAGAAAGCAUUGGUCGACUUCUAUAAGGAAGGAGAUGAUUUUCAGCCAGCUGUGACCGGUGUAACAUUAUUUAUUUCCACUCCGGAUAAAAUAGUCAAUAGAUAUUACCUCGGCCCAGCUUCUUUCGAGGAGAUGGCAAGAACAAUUGCUACUGCAAAUGGUCCUUGUGGGAACAACAGGGAGUACCUGUUUUCUUUAGAGAAGGCUAUGCUUCACAUAGGACACAAAGAUGAUUAUGUGAUCGAACUAGCGAACGAGGUAAGGAGAGUGCUUAGAGGUUUGAAGGAUAAGAAGGCCGUUGGAACUCUGUUCGCCGCAAUAAAAUCCAAGCUUCCACUCAUUCAAGUUGUCCCCCUCCACGAGGCAGCCAUCGUCGAUUCCAGAUAAUAUCUACAGAUCCUCUUUAUAACCUCUCAGGAAAACUAAUGUUGCAUUUCCUUCUUUCCUAUAAUCAUAAUGUAGUUUUUCCUCCCACUUCUGUCAGUUUAUUCUUAGUGCUUAUAUAAUGUAAACACCAAUCAGGCAGGCAAAUGUUUUUUGAGAAAUGGAGAAGCUAAUAAAGUGUUCUUUUGAUGAGGAAA